AUGCCUGCUCCAAACGUAAAAACCAACUCCAACAAAGCCACAAUGGAAUACGAAGUCCUUGUUAUUCCACCACCCUCACCUAAUAAUGAAACCUUUCCGGUUAAUCAACCUUUAAGAACGAGGACUAAACGCAUUAAUUGUAAUACCACUAGUGGUCAAAUUUUCUGGAUCCCGGAAGGAUAUCGCCCGGUUUUAGUUAGAACUACUGAUUUGCCUUUGCUAGUCAGCUCCGAAUAUUCUCCCACUUAUUCUCCCACUUAUUCUCCCACUUAUUCUUCUACUUAUUCUCCUACUUAUUCCUCGGAUUCUGAUGAAUCUAAUUAUUAA